AGGAGUGGGGAUAGCAAAGGCAUCAUAUAUUCAUAUCCGAGUUCCGAAGUGACAGUUUCUGGUCCGAAAUCUGCGAGGUAUAUAAUAAACGUGUGUCCUUAUUUUUUUACUGUGUUUUGUAUUGUCGUUGUUAACUGACAAUGAAGACAAGUGGGAGGUGCAAUUAGAACAUUAGAAAGUUUACGCGCAUAAAUAAUCAAUCCAAUGAUUGAUUCACGUUAAACUAUAUCAUCAUGGAAACAAUGGAUCAAGAGAUAGAAAACGAAAAAGUCAGUCCACAAGUCGUCCAGUACAUGUCAUCGAUCUUGACUGCGAAUCGACCGGAUGAUGAUGAUGAUGAUGAGGAUUUAUUGGAGGACUCGUGUCCUCAGGUUGUCGGCGUUCUCUGCAAGAAGCGUCAGAGCGGCGGAAGCCAAGAUAAAAAUGACGCGUUGCUUCAAGAUAACGAUGAGGCUGCAGUAGAUAAGAAAGUGAAUCACGAGCUGAAUUCCGUUGGUUUGAUAGCAGGACUAGCAGUCAUGGCGUCUCCACGACCAAAGUCGCCCCGUCCAGCUCCGAUUUCAGCCAAGAAGGAAGACAAGGAAGAGAGUUUUUGGGACAAAAUCGGCACCCUUGGUCGUAAGAAGCGGAUAAAGGAAGUUCAAGAGGUGCAGGAGGAAGGCAAAUAUGCAAUUGAUUCACCAGGAUUUGCAGCAUUGGUGGAUAUGCCACCAGAAGAUUAUGCUCUGGAUGAGAAUGAAGAGCGAUCCAUGAUAGCUCCAAGAAGCUUGGAUGUGCCAAAAGUGCAAGAACUGAUACACGUAUUGAUUGAGUGGAUCAAUGAUGAAUUAGCAGAGCAGAGAAUAAUAGUCAAAGAUAUCACAGAGGAUCUUUAUGAUGGUCAAGUUCUGCAAAAACUACUCGAAAAGUUAACUGGCAAGAAGUUAGAUGUACCUGAAGUAACACAGUCAGAGGAAGGCCAGAGGCAAAAGUUGGCAGUGGUUCUAAACACAGCCAACAGAGUUUUGGGCUGUUAUCCACCAUAUAAGUGGAGCGUUGAGUCUAUUCAUUCAAGAAAUAUUGUAGCAAUCCUGCAUCUUCUGGUCAGUCUGGCGCGUUUAUUCCGCGCUCCAGUUAGAUUACCGGAAUUAGUUUCAGUUCAGGUAGUAGUGGUAACGAAAAAGGACGGCCAGUUGAUUCACAAAACCGUGAAGGAGGAAAUCACGUCGACUUACGACGAUUUAGGCAUGCGAUGUGAACGUGAUGCUUUUGAUGCUCUGUUUGAUUAUGCACCGGAUAAACUAGCGGUAGUGAAAAAGUCGUUGGUGACAUUUGUAAACAAGCAUUUGAGCAAAGUACAUUUGGAAGUGACGGAUCUUGAUACGCAAUUUCACGACGGGGUCUUCCUUACAUUAUUACUGGGUCUCUUAGAAGGCUUUUUCGUGCCAUUAGGAAGCUUCCAUUUGACUCCGAAGACUCACGAACAAAAAGUACACAACGUAUCUUUCGCUUUCGAGCUUAUGCAAGACGUCGGAUUACCGAAACCCAAAGCUCGUCCAGAAGAUAUCGUCAAUUUGGAUUUGAAGUCAACACUUCGUGUGCUUUACAACUUGUUUUCCAAAUACAAGGGCAUAAACUAACGCCUACUAGACUCUCUUAACUCGAAAGUAUUUUUCGUUUUUUAAUCGCAAGGAUUCGAUAGAUUUUUUUAUCGACCAAACGAUGUUUACACGUAGCUUGAUUGGAUUAUUGGAAGAUCGUCAAGCUGAUUAAAAAGUCUAACCCAAGAAGUAAUUCUUAUACAUAUUUAUACGUUGUUCUACUAACCAAAGAUGUUUCGUUAAUCAACUGCCACUUCAUAGAAGAAAAGUAUCACGAGUUAGUACAUUACUAAAACGUAUUGAAGUGUAAACCACGUGCCUUACUGUCAAUCAAGUGACAAUACUGAAUUCGGCCAUCAAAAUUCAAAAUCAUAGUGCUGUAUUAAGGAGAUUAGACUUAGGUGUAUUAUUAUGCUGAUUAUCAUUCGUCGUAUACGUACGUGUACAAAUCUUUUUAUGUAAUUUAAUGUAAUUUUUAUUGUUUUAUUAGUACUUACAAAUCGAAAGAGUUAAUAUAUUUUCGGUUGUCAAACUA